AUGCUAAUAAGUCUGUUCUUGUUGCUGGUCCAUGCCGUAGCCCUAGCCAACGGCUUUUCGUCUCUGGUCAACAGUCCAGUGGAUGGAGCUAUUAAUACCGUUAGCGGUACCCAAAAGAGUCCAAGUUCUGAUCAAGACAAUGAAACGGAAGAAUCCAAGGCAUUGCUUUCCAUUUUGGGAGGAGAAACGGGCUUGUCUGACUUUUUCGACUCUGUCUGGCAGCACCAGCCUGCUCUUAUUCGUACCAGUAUUAGUACCAGUGCUACCAGUGCUACCCUUAAUAAUGUCCAUUUUGAUGAGGAAAAAAUGAAAUUGAGUCCAUUUGAAGAACUAAUUGGUCAAGGAUGGACCAUUUUGACCGAUUUGAUGGAACAGCCAUUUCGGCCCAACGAGAAUGAGCCUCCCUUGGUGAUCCACAAUGGUCUGGUCCAACAUCCCCAAGAAUGGAUGCCCGCCUACAGCAGUACCAGUUUGUACGCUCCUUACUUGAAUGGAUCCACAGUCAUGCAGGCUCAUGCCGAUUGCUUGUCGCCGUGGUUGGCCGCCUUUUGUCAAGAUUUGCAAAAAACAUUUCCCUACGUUUACACCAACACGUACAUUACGCCUCCACACUCGCGAGCUCUCAAUUGCCACGCCGAUGAUCGCGAUGUUCUAGUCGUCCAACUUGCAGGAUCCAAGCAUUGGCAAGUCAAAAAAGAGGUCCCCAUUCCAUUUCCUUAUCCACACGAACAAGUGGGAAAAGCGGAUCUAGAGGUACCCGAUUACGUAGAACAGGGAGAAGAUGCGCUCACGUGCACGUUGCAACCAGGAGAUGUACUCUAUAUUCCAAGAGGACAUUGCCAUCAAGCUCAGUGUACCGAUGAACUCAGUUUUCAUGUUACCAUUGCUGUGGCCACCUUUGAUUGGACACUGGCAGGAAUGAUUCAUCAGGCCAGCAAAAAUAUUCUCACGAAUGCACUACAGCAUCGAAAAUCCAUUCUGCCACUGCAGGGACUACAACAUGUACCCGGCAAUGAUGACAAAACAACAACAACAAAAAAGCAAGCAUUGCAAACGCAAAUUGACCAGGCAUUGGACUUGUUGCACCAACAAAUCACACCCGACGCUGUACUGAACAAUCUGCAGGCACGGAUUGACCCUCAUCGAGAACGGGCACACGUUGGCAGAGAAGCACAAAUCCAAAGAGGACUAGUGCGACUCAAUAGUCAUAGGCACAACAACAACAACAACAACAACGACAAUACUAAGCCAUCGCCGGCGGUCAUUGGAAUGCUGGCAUCCAAACAAAUCAACUUUGACACCAAACUCAGAGCCGCGACAGAUGAAGAGAGACAACAAUUGCCAAGAGUGUCAAAGUUGCAAGUACGGGAGGAAAUGGCACAGGAUGUUCAAUCCAUUCUAGCAGAGCUCAAGGCAAAUCCAGCAUCUCUUUCCGACAUUCUGUCGUUACGGACAAGUCCUGCUUGGUGCCAACUCGCUUGGCUGGGAUUUGCCAAACAGGCUGUGGAAGUGGGAGAGUUGGCUCUGGCAGAAGAAUAA